AUGGAGGCAGAGCCGAACUUACAGCAUCUGGUUCUGGAGUUGGUUGAACCGCACAGAGAGACAGAGCCGGUAGAAGUCUUAGUUACAAGUGUCGAUUUGCGCCUCCUCGGUCCAAUUAUUUCUAGGCUCAAGACCUGCAGCAUGUGUCAGCUCCCCUUCAGCUGCGGCAGAGUGUGUAAGAGGAGGUUGGCGCCAGGUGAGCAAGUGGCUGAGUUAUGCAUCUGUGCAGGCCAAGGGCUCGUAGAUACGGUUCUAAAGGAAAUGACGUCUGAAGCCAAUUCAGUGGGAUCUUCAAGAGUCACAGAUGUCACGACGAUCCUCCGUGAGGUACAGGCUGUGCAUAGCAUUCAGCUCUCAUUGUUUAAGAGGACGCUAGGGGAUACGUGGCCCAUAACGCGAUACCCGAAGAGGACUACUAUUGAGGACGUUGUUUCUUCAGGUGAGAAAGAGUAUCUUGAGCGAUGCAUAGCCCUGUUGACCAGCCACUCGACUGUGGUUGUGGCCUCGCCCAGCACGUCUUUCAUCGCAGUCAUAAAAGGGGACACUCCAACAGAAUGUGCUGAAAGUAUCCAGCCCCAAGGAAAGAUAUCAGACAUGCUCCGCCAUCCCGUAUAUACUGCCAUUGAACAGGCUAUGAAGCAGGCGGCUGAGGACGAUAAGGCAUACUUGCUAACAGGUUACGAUGUCUUUGCACUGGAGGAGCCGUGCAUCUUUUGCAGCAUGUGUCUUCUGCAUGCCCGCGUCAAACGUGUCUUUUACUCUGCAUUCAUGGGGCACAAUGGUGGGCUAAAUGAAAGCCUAAUGGUUCCGUCUUUACCAGGAGUCAACCAUAGAUUUCCUGUCAUUAAGUUCAGAUGGUCUGAAGUCUGCUGA